CCGGCAGAGUGCAGUGCCGUUUGUUUUUACUUUCCGCGGCAAGGCUGACUAUUGGAUACAUGAAACAAUUAUCUUAUAUGAUUUAAAUUGUUGUACAAUGUUUGCGGAGGACCUACAAAGAGAAUUUUAUAAUGUAAUUCAAGGGAAACAAUGCUUAUUACUGGUGAAUUUUGACGUUGAUGCAAUUUGUGCCUGUAAAAUCUUACAAAAUCUCUUUAAAACCGAUAAUACACUGUAUACGCUUGUGCCAGUUCAGGGUGUUCAAGAUGUGAUAUGUGCAUACGAAGAAAAUUAUACAGAGGUGAAAAAUAUAAUUAUGAUUAAUUGUGGAGGAAGUGUAGAUAUAAUGAAUUUACUGCAACCACCAGAAGACACAAUAUUUUUUAUUCUUGACAGUCACAGACCAUAUCAUUUAUGCAAUAUUCAUAAUGAAGGACAGAUAAAAAUUCUUGGUAAACCAGAUAUAAAUGUACCUGAUUAUGAAGAUGUAUUUAGAGAUGAUUCGUCCGAUGAGGAGGAAGAUGAUGCUCAAGUAGAAGAGGAAAAUGAAUCAAGAGAUGUAAAAAGAAGAAGGUUAAAUGAGGAGGAUAUAAUUAAAAGACGUCAAAGACGAGAAUGGGAAGAAAAGAGAUCCGAUAUUAUUUUUGAGUACACUCAGUACAGUUAUUACAGCAAAUCGAGCGCUGUACUGAUGUUUGAAUUGGCCUGGAAAUUAUCAAAAGACAGUAUGGAUAUGGUAUGGUGGGCAAUUGUGGGUGCAACGGAACAGAUUAUACUUAAUAAGGUGGAGUCUGAAAAAAGUAUUUUAGAAGCAGGUAACUUGCAAGGUCAUAUUUCACGUUUAAACCAUAGACAAGGUAUUAAUACGGAGAAGCAGCAGCAAAUGGCAGUCAAGAUUACGUAUGAUAAAGACUUACAACUAGCACUUUAUCGUCACUGGACUGUUGAAGCGAGUUUACGACAUUCAUUGCCUACUGCAGUGGCGCUUCGAUUAUGGUCUCAUAGAGGCGAGAAACGUUUGAGAGAACUGUUAGCAGAAAUGGGUUUACCAUUAGUUCAAUCUCGGCAGCGGUUUGCCGCAAUGGAUCUUGAUCUUAGACAAGGUUUUAGGCAAAUGGUGGAAAAGUUGGCUGGUAAAUACAAUGUUGACAGUAUCGUUGGAGCCAGUUUUACGUUGCAAUAUGGUUAUAAGUUUAAAUAUUGCGCUUCUGAUGUGGUAUAUGCAAUGUUAGCUCUUCUUGAGUCAUCGUCAAAAGAAAGAUUGCCACAACAUUGCUUUCUAGAUUCACUGGAUUGUCUUUCCCGAAUGAAGAAGGAUGUUUUGGAGAUGGGUCUAGACAGAGCAAAAUUAAUGCUUACCAAUAUUUUCAAAACAGUACAGGGAAUUUUAGAGAUGAAACAAGUUAUGAAUGCUGGUCCAUUCUUAUACGUUGUUGUCCCAGAUGGAACUUUGGAUAGUCAUCUAUUUAGACAUCCUCACUCAUUACUUAUGUUGGCUCAAUUUAUUUUGAAAGCAUUUGUCAAUUCAUCCAAGAACAGGCGAUUGCGAGGUUUGCCACUCGUUGCAUCUGCUUCUUACGAUAUAGAAGAAGGCACUUGCCUCGCUAUUGGAGUCCCUCCUGUUUGUGAAGAACAACCAAGAAGUCUGUUUGGUCGAGCGUUUGAAAGAGCUGCAAAGAACACAAACUCAACAAUUGAACCUGACUACUUUGACACUACAAUAAUAAGACUGAAAACCCAAGAACGACCAAAAUUUUUCGAUGCCUUGGCAGCUCUUCUCAUUCAAUGACUGAGGGUAAGAAAGUGGAUAUGGUAUGGUGAAUAACAAAUAUAACAGGAAAAGAAUUUUAACAUUCAACUUUCCUUUUUAAAUUAUUAACUAGAAGAUAUUAAUUACAAACGUAGAUCACAAAACUGGUAACAAUGUUGAGAUUCAUUGUCAAAGAAUCGGAUUUAAUUUUGUUACAUUUGACAAACGAUCAAUUUUAGGAUAAUUUUGUAUAUAUUUGAAUGUUGUAUUUAAAUUUUAGACCUGCGACGUCUUAGAUUUAAUUGUAUUUUAUAUUUCAUGCAUUUAAAUCAUGUAUAAAUGUGGUUAAUUUCUAAUGUUGACACGAUUCGUUUGAAUCCGGGAAAAUUACAUGAACGGGUUAUGUACAUUUUUGCAAACUGAGGAUAUAUCGAAGCAGAAAUUACAAAUGUAUUGUUUAGUAGGUUUAUGAAGGGAGUAGUGUCUGCGCUAUUCACUGAACAGUAAUGCAUAAUUGAUCAACAAAGUUUUAGUAACAAAAUGACUGUUUUGUAGUAGCGUCAUUUUCGUAUUAUCUUCAUCACAAUGAUAUAAUAAACGCCUACAGAUGUUCAUACUUUAUGUAUGACUGAUUCUUAAAUAAUUGAAUGGAAAAAACUGAAAACUUUCUAAAAUAAUAUAACAGGCUUUACAUUUAACAAUGUUCAGUGAUAAUUGUAAAUACUAAUAUCUAAUUUUAAUAGUGAUAGCGAAGUCAGAACGUAUGCGAUUAUAGGUUUAUAUUUGUCCGAGGUACGGUAAUUGCGUUGUAAGGUGGUUAGAGAAAUAGAAACGCUCGACAAUAAAUCCGUCUUACGAAUGAA